AUGAAGGCAUUUACAGGUGUGACGGUUAGUGGUGCGACGCCGGCGCUGCGGCGCACAACGCACCACCUCCUGCGCACAAUACUGACGUUGGACCGGGCCCCCUACGACGCCCAGCUGCGGGUCCACUUUGUUUCGCUGCAGCACAUCCACCACCUGAACCACACCUUCAAAGGCGUCGACCGUCCAACGGAUGUGUUGACAUUUUCAUCCACCGGGGCGGCGGAUAGCUUCGUGAACGACCUUCUGUUCGGCGACGAGGAUUGCCUUGGCGGUGUGGCGGACGAGCCGAACCUCAUUUUUGGCGUGGAAGCCGGACCGACGCCGCAUCAGUUAUCUUCAUCAUCACCCUCGUCCUCCGCAGACGACGUUGGAAGUCGUCUUUCCCGCUCCAUGGUGCGUCUUGCGCUGGUGGACCUCGGCGACAUUUACGUCUCGCUCGAAUACAUGCAGAAUCGAUUCAACGCAUCGCCGUCGCGCUGUCUGCCGCUCGUGCCGUACUUCAAUGCAGCAAUGGUGCAUGCCACUCUGCACGCCCUCGGCUACAAUCACACGACGCCGCAGGAGUUGCUGUGGAUGGUGCGACGUGAACAGCAGCUGGGGUGCCGACUCGCCGCGUUGUCGCGACGAUCUCCCGGUUAUCUUCCACCGCCGGACCUCUGGGACACAAAGUAG